ACGGCUUCCACUCUAUAAACGCGGACAGAAGCACAAAGGUCCCAAAACGGACAAAAAUUACGUGAGAGAGAGUUUAAGAGAGUUUUUUUCGAAAUGAAGAUAGGGCAUUGGCUUCUAACGGUGGCUGUGGCCUGGUGGUUUCAACAAGGCAGCGCCGCGUUGCCCAGAAAGUGCACACACCAGUGUGGGGACGUGACCGUACCUUUUCCAUUCGGGCUCGAACCCAAUUGUUCGAGGUCCACAGAUUUUUUGCUCGAUUGCACCAACAUCGGAGGGAGCGGUUUUCGACUAAUGUUGGGGAAUCUUACGAUACUCAAAAUCUCGGUCGGGGACUCGACCAUGGUCGUCAGCCUCCCCGAAGCAUACCAGUGCUACGAUCAGAAUGGCAUCCUGGAAAACAGAAGCAUGGCCAUCAAUCUACCUCCAAAUCCUCGGUACAGAUUCUCAGAAACCCAGAACAAGCUCAUCGUCGUCGGCUGCAACGCCCUUGCGGUCGUGGACGAAGAAAGCAGUAGAGGUUGCGCCUCCUACUGCUCCAGCAAUGUCGACUUCGCCAAGGAGACCACUUGCUCCGGUCAAGGUUGCUGUCAAGCAUCCAUCCCAGGGGGGCUCGGGACUUUCAACAUUAGCCUCUCCUCCAUCGACCUAAACGUGUCGAAACACGACCACUGUGCACGGGCCUUCAUGGUGGACAACAGGCCAUUCAAUAUCUCAAACUUGACUCUCCCGACGUUCCAGGAUGUGGGUAACAACACCAACACGAGCCUUGUUCUGGACUGGAUGGUCGAAUCGGACGACGUUUGCGAAAAGGCCAGGUCAAACCUGUCGAGCUAUGCCUGUGGUAAAAACACGGAUUGUAGAAACUUCGGGAAUGGACCGGGUUAUCGUUGCGUUUGCAGGGAUGGGUACAAUGGGAACCCCUAUAAUCUCUCCAAAGGGUGUAAAGCCAUUUGCUCAUUUGGAAAGACGUACAAAGGAAAGAAGAACAAUAAAGACCGUUGCCCAAUUGCUCCUGGCGUCAUAGCUGGUGCAGCAAUUGCUGUGUCCGUCUUCGGCAUAAUCACUUGGUUACGUCUCGGUCACGUUGAGGUUGAGACUCAAAGAUCAACUUUAGACGAAAUGGAGGAGAGCUCUUGCAACAACGCAAAGUCCAAAUCUUCACGGAGGAAGAGCUGUUCCGUUUAUGGAGGGACAAUAGCAGGGGACAUCGUGGUUGUGGUCAAGAAGCCUCAAGAUGAGCACAAGUCUAUAAUAAGGCAGGAUUUCCAAGAUGAACUUGAAUUUCUGAUGGAAAAGAGCCACAAAAAUAUGGUGAAGCUCAAAGGCAUAUGUUUGGAGACUGAAAUACCAUUGCUGGUUUAUGAAUACAUUCCAAAUGGCACCCUCUUCAAACUCAUCCAACAGAACGAGUUGACAUGGGAACAACGCUUCAAAAUAGCUGCUGAAGCUGCUCUUGCACUCAAUCAUAUGCACUCCAAAGACACAACCCCCAAUCUUUCAUGGCAAUAUCAAGGUGACACACUCUCCGAUGUCAUAAACUUUGAGAGUGCUAGUGAAGGUGAAAUGGAGAAAAUACAAACCAUAGCUAAGAUUGCAGUGGGUUGCUUGGACCAAUACGGUGCGAACAGGCUAGCAAUGAGCGAUGUGGUUGAGCAACUCGCCAAUGUCUACCUGAUCUCGACAGAUAAAGCAGAGGAUGAAGAGAAAGAAGAGGAUGAAGAGACCAAACGAGAAGUGCAUGCAGAAGAACUCUCGAGCUGUCUUUCCUGUCUAGGAAUGGAUUCCUGCAUCUGA